AUGUCUAUCGAGAACUCAAGACUAUGCUGCUUCUGCCGCAAGCUCGAGCCGGUAGACCAGCCUUGUCCUUCGAUUCAGAAUCAACCAACCCAGGCCUUCCCCAGCGGUGUGAAUAAUACCACGAAGCCAUGGACCAGAAAUGAUGAGGACUUACUGGAACAGCUCCGCCUACACCCAAGCGAGCUUUGCAAACGAUGUGCCGAAUUCGACAUCAUCCGCGCCUUUAACGAAGCGGAUCCAUUAGAUCUCAACCAGAGAGGCGAGCUAGAAAAGGCCAAGUAUCUUGAACACUUUAAAAAACAGGAACCUUACAGACUACGCUUUGGUCUUUUGUCACGGUUUCACAUGAAGCCUUCUUGUCCACUAUGUCGGUUGCUCUAUAGACUCAUUCCUAGACCCCCUCCGGAGCACGAUACUACUGUUAUCACGCUUAUUCCUUAUCGAUGGUAUAUUCAACAGGAUCACUGGGAAUGCGUUCCAAAAAACGAUAAACGAAAGUUUGCAAUUUGGUUUGGUCUUUCAACACCUGUUCUCGAUUUGUCAUUCAAAACGAGUUUCUUUAACGCGGGUCAGCAGCUGAGAGUUGCUAUGAUGACUGGUGAAGCGAUAGCCAUGCAUACUAGCUCUUGUUCAGAAGAGCUUUGCAACGUUAGAGUUAUUGAAGGGAUGGUUGAUGUUGAUCAUAUCAAGAAAAGCCUUGAGCAUUGUCAGAAGCAUCAUUCAGAGCAGUGCAAUGCCAAAUUCGACAAACGACUGCUGAUUACUAAAAUGCUUGAUGUUGAUACCCGAAAGGUGGUUGAUUGUCCUGACAACUGCGAUUAUCUGGCGCUUAGUUACGUCUGGGGCGGUAUACAUCCCGCCGAUGGAGCUUUGGAGGCCGGCAAACUUCCUCAGACUAUUGAGGAUGCUAUCGCCUUGACCAAAAAGCUCGGAAAACGAUAUCUAUGGGUUGAUGCCCUCUGUAUCGAUCAAAGCCCCAACCCAACGCCCGAACAAGCAGCCAGCAAAGCCAAGCAGCUUCAACUCAUGCACCUGAUCUACUACUCUGCCACAAUAACUAUCUUAGCUGUCGCAGGUCCGCGCUCCGACUAUGGCAUUCCUGGGAUAUCAAAGGCCCGCGCGGGGUCUACACGAGAGCGCAUCAACGGACAGGAUCUAGUAGUCGUCCCUCCACAGAUCGAGUCAGAGAUCAAGUCUUCAGUCUGGCAAACGAGGGCCUGGACGUGGCAAGAGGAUGUUUUGUCUACGAGAAAGUUGUACUUGACGGAGACGCAAUGGGUACUGGAGUGUAGGGAGACGCUGUGGCCGAGCGAUUAUGCCGAGGCACAUGAUUCAGCUGUGGACCUUACUUGGACCAAGGUUUCUGGGGGGAAGAUAAAAGCUGGUUACGUCGAGGCCACGAACACCCAAGCCCUGGACAGAACUUCGUCAAUGUUCAUAUCAGUGGUAACAGCUUAUACCUCGCGGUCUCUCACUAACGACGGUGACUCUCUGAAUGCCUUCCAGGGUGUUCUCGCACGCUAUGGAAAACCUGCCUACCCUCAAGGUUUCGAGUGGGGAAUGCCACUCAAAGAUUUCACUCAAUCGUUGGCCUGGAUCCACAAUUACACAGUCAAGCCUACAAGACGAUCAGCCUUCCCAAGCUGGAGUUGGGCCGGUUGGGGAGGAACUGUGCAGUAUCCCAUCGACCUUACUGAAACAGCGACCGAAAACGGUGAUCUCAUUCCGCGGAUGGUUAGUAUUGAUGAUAAGGUGGUUAAGCUAGAGGGAUGGACUGUAACGCUUGAUGUCCGGACUGAACCGUUCAGUGAGGUGGUCAUACCCGGGACUGAUCAGGCAAUUGGAUGUGUUAGGGAGAGGAAUUUUAAGCAUAACAUGACUUUGCCAACGGGGAAGUAUCGUUGUUUAGUGGCGGCGAGACUCAAGAAGGAAGUGCUGAGGAAUGGAUUAGUGAAUCAGUUGGUGUUCCUGGUGGUUUUGAGAGGUGAUAAGGAUGUUGAGAUUGAAGAGAGGCAGACGGCUAUCACAGUGGAUAGACUUGCUAUUGAGGGGAAGGACUUCAUGGACUUUGGUCCAAAGAAGACAGUUAUCAAAAUGAAGUAG